AAUAUGACUACAUUUCAGUUUUUUUUAAUGUAGCUGGAUUAAUGGAUUAUUAAUCCAUUUUGUCUCAACUUAGAAAAUCCUGUGAGAUAUAGAAAUUGGAAAAGUCAUCAUAACCUGCAAGGUUUUAGAGAAUAUAUGCACUAUGCCCUCACAGAGACACUGUUGCCAUCUUGCUUACAUUUGUAAAGUUAUCCCCUUAUAGCUGCAGUCUGGUUUGUUGAUGGAAUACUUUGAUAAAGUUUGUCUAUGAGCACCAAAGAUUUUGAGAGUUAAUGUAUACCUGGAAUAAAACAAUUCUAAGGAUAGACUGGUCCAAAUGCAGGUGUUCUUAAAGAUUUAUAUGGGUUAUUUCAAAACUUCUUUGCUUCUGUUUGCUUUGAUAUUUAAGUACAAACCAGUUGUAGAGAUUAAAUAUUUAUAGACAAGAUAGGUAAGUGAAUAGGCAGGGACAGUUGUUAUUUAUUAAAGAGAAGCAAUAGGUAAGUAAAUACAUGGAAGAAGGAGAACUAAAAAUAGGAACAAAAUUUUUUUCACUGUAUUUCAGUGUGAAGAAAAAAUUGGGUACACAUUUCUUAUAAAAAGAAUUUUACAGGCAAGAAUUUUACCUUAUUCUUGGGUUUUUAUCUGUAUUCUGGACAAUCCUUAAGUAGGCAUUAGCCAGAUGAAUUUUGUGCUUGCUAAAAGAUAGAAGGAUGACAGAGUCUCAAGCUGUAGCUCUAGUGCUCACUUACCUUGUAGGUUCUCUAAAAGUCUCUAACUUUAUGUAUGUGGUAGUUUCCAGAAGAGCGCCUUCCUCUCAGAGGAAACUCAGGUAUUUUGUGACGUAAGUAUUGUGGUAUUUAAACAAAGCAGUUGAAAUCAACAUAAAUUGAUUGGCAGUUUACCAGCCAUUUAAAGAGAUAACAUUUGUCAGGUCCUCAUGAUUCUGUGAAAAAAGUCAGUGCAUAAAUUAAUAAUGCCAAUACUCAUUCAAUAGUAGAAAAAUACAUAAAAUACAGAAGAGGGAAAUAGUUUGAGGGACCAUUCCUCUGCAGUGCAGUGAACAUCAUUGGGCAUUUUAUAAACUAUAAAAGAGGAAGACUUUUAAAGGCAGGAGGAUAUACAGAGUUAUCAAGAGCUUUUUGGAGCAUUGAGAACUUCGGUAUACCUUUGGUAUAAAUGUGGAAGUCUGGUUGCCAAGGAUGAGUAAGAGGGACUUACUUAUUUAGGGUUCAGAGACCUACCUAAAGCCUUCGUUUUCCUGAGGAAUUUGCCUUUAUUGAAUAGACUGGAAAACUAAGAUUUGGCUUCUAGUUUAGGAAGACCAUGAUCCAUUUUUUUCCAACGUAUUACUCAUUACUCAAAGACUUCACGAAUGAACUCAAGGCUGGUCACAUAGUAGUCCAUAGGAAAUUCCCAGUGUGUCCAGUAUGCAAGAUGACAGUAUUUGGUGUGACAGUAUGUAGGGCCAGAGAAGUUAGUAAUAAUGUCUUCUCAUUUUCUCUGACCACUAAGUGGCUAAGACAUGGAAACUGAAAUGACACAUUGCAAGAUUCAGCAGAGGUGUUUAAAGGAGAUGAAAACAGGGGUUUUGUUAGGGAAGAACUUUCAGAUGAUUCUAGAUUGGCUAGGAAAGGAAAUGACAUCAGGAACUGUAUAAAGGAAGGAAGAUGGGGAAGCAGCCAGAGGUCUCCAUAACUAAAGAGCAGCACAGAGAAUGAACCAGCAGCACAAGAGAAAACACUACCAAUUAGCUGACAGCUGGUAAUGAAGAUGCUUGAUUUUUGUGACCGGCGCCUGUGGAAUCUGUGAUAGAAAUGUAAGAAUAGCCUCGAGCAUCACAGCUUCGCUGAAGCUCCAAUGGAGAUGGCCGGCUGUGGUGAAAUUGAUCACUCAAUAAAUAUGCUUCCUACCAAUAAGAAGGCAAAUGAGUCCUGUUCUAAUACUGCACCUUCUCUGACAGUUCCCGAAUGUGCCAUUUGUCUACAAACAUGUGUUCACCCUGUCAGUCUGCCCUGUAAGCAUGUUUUCUGUUAUCUGUGUGUAAAGGGUGCUUCAUGGCUUGGGAAGCGAUGUGCUCUUUGUCGACAAGAAAUUCCUGAGGAUUUUCUUGACAAGCCAACCUUGUUGUCACCAGAAGAACUUAAGGCUGCAAGCAGAGGAAAUGGUGAAUAUGCGUGGUAUUAUGAAGGAAGGAACGGGUGGUGGCAGUAUGAUGAGCGCACCAGUCGGGAGCUGGAAGAUGCUUUUUCCAAAGGUAAAAAGAACACGGAGAUGUUAAUUGCUGGAUUUCUGUAUGUUGCUGAUCUUGAAAACAUGGUUCAAUAUAGGAGAAAUGAACAUGGACGUCGCAGGAAGAUUAAGAGAGAUAUAAUAGAUAUACCAAAGAAGGGAGUAGCUGGACUUAGACUGGACUGUGACACCAAUACUGUAAACCUAGCAAGAGAGAGUUCUGCUGAUGGUGCGGACAGUGGAUCAGCACAGACUGGAGCUUCUGUUCAGCUGGCAGUGCCAUCUUCUACAAGGCCCCUGACAUCAGUUGAUGGUCAGUUAACCAGCCCUGUAACACCAUCCCCUGAUGCAGGCAUUUCUUUGGAAGACUCUUUUGCUCAUUUACAACUCAGUGGAGAUAGCAUAGCUGAAAGGAGUCACAGAGGUGAAGGAGAAGAAGAUCAUGAAUCGCCAUCUUCUGGCAGAGUACCAGAUACCUCCGUUGAAGAAACAGAAUCAGAUGCCAGUAGUGAUAGUGAGGAUGCCCCUGUGGUAGUUGCACAGCACUCUUCGACCCAACAGAGACCUUUGGUUCCAAAUGGAAACCAGACAGUAGCUGACCAGUCAGACCGAUCAGGAACUGACCGAUCAGUUGUUGCAGGGGGUGGGACCGUGAGUGUCAAUGUCAGAUCCAGAAGGCCUGAUGGACAGUGCACAGUGACAGAGGUUUAAACAAAUGUCUUCAGCACCACACUCAAGGGUAAAAUGGAUACCUGUAAAUUUCUGCCCACGUAACAUUAUACUCAUCCUUAGUAGUGCAUUGUGGGAGUUGGGGGGGAAGGGAUAUGGGAAAGACAGACCUGAAAUUAAAAUGUCUAACAUGUCUCUGCUGAAAUUUAUUUAAUGUGAGGAACUGGGGUAUUGAUAGUUGAGAGCUGUUCACUAUAACACAGUUUUCUUGACAUCUGUUUAUAGUGUAUUUUUUUAAGUUUUUAGUUCUUUUGGCUAGUGUGUCCCUGUGCAUUAAUGGUCCUCAUCUGACUCUUGCACUACCUUAUUUUUUCUGCAUGGAUUGGUAUAAAAUCUUCAAUAAAAUGAGAUAUUUGAUAUCA